AUGCCAGUGCGUGCCGUGACCUCCAGGUUCAUGUACAGGGGACUUUGCUCUAUUCCAGAUAUCCUCUCAUACAGGACUCCUGUCACCCUCCCCGAGGAUGAAGUGGAGGAGAUCCGAGAGGCCUUUAGAGUGUUUGAUCGUGAUGGAAAUGGCUUCAUCUCAAAGCAGGAGCUGGGCAUGGCUAUGCGGUCUUUGGGAUACAUGCCCAAUGAGGUGGAGCUGGAGGUCAUCAUCAAGAGACUGGACAUGGAUGGUGAUGGUCAGGUGGACUUUGAGGAAUUUGUAACACUGCUUGGCCCUAAACUUACUGCCUCCAGCAUGCCUGACAAAUUUCAUGGAGCUGACUUUGACUCCAUAUUCUGGAAGUGUGAUAUGCAGAAGCUGACAGUGGAUGAACUAAAGAGAUUGCUAUAUGACACUUUCUGCGAUCAUUUGACGAUGAAGGACAUUGAGAACAUCAUCAUGACCGAGGAGAGCCAUAUGAACAGCCCAGAGUGCCAAGUUGAUAUUGACACAAGCCCCAUGCAACAAGUCAAGCACACGUGUGUGCGAAAGAGCUUGAUUUGUGCCUUCGCCAUUGCGUUUAUCAUCAGUGUCAUGCUUAUCGCAGCAAAUCAGAUGCUUCGAAGAGGGAUGAAGUGAACAACC